UCCACGAAAAAUUGUAUCUGGUUAUAAAGAGUGGGGAAACAGAGAGACGGAUUGAAUUUUACAAGAAAAAAUUGUGUUCGUUUCAAUCUUUUAUGUGAAAGAUUUCUUCACUGAAUGAUUUUUUCAAAAUAAUUACAAACACAUCAGUUCACGUUAGUUCGUUAAGCAAAAUGCAAGACUUUUUAGGUAUUUUGCUACUAAUUACUGGAGCACAUUGUUUGUACUCCUCCAAUUCAGAUGUUAUUGAACUAAAACCAAACAAUUUUGAUAGUUUGGUAUUAAAUAGCGAUAAUGUAUGGAUUGUAGAAUUCUUUGCACCAUGGUGUGGACAUUGUCAACAGUUAACACCUGAAUAUGACAAAGCUGCAACUGCUUUAAAAGGUAUUGUAAAAGUCGGUGCAGUAAAUGCAGAUGAACAUAAAUCCCUUGGAUCAAGAUAUGGAAUUCAAGGUUUUCCAACAAUCAAAAUCUUUGGUACAGAUAAUAAACCAGAAGAUUAUAAUGGGCCAAGAACUGCGACAGGAAUUGUUGAUGCUGCUUUAAAUGCGGCUAGUCAAAAAGCACGUAGAGCUUUAGGAGGUAAAAGGAGUGGCGGAGAUUCUAAGUCCAAAGAUUCCAAGGAUGUAAUUGAAUUAACUGACGAUAACUUUGAUAAGAUGGUAAUGAAUUCGGAAGAUAUGUGGUUAGUUGAGUUUUAUGCACCAUGGUGUGGUCAUUGUAAAAAUUUAGCCCCUAUUUGGGCAUCUGCAGCAACAGAACUUAAAGGUAAAGUGAAAUUGGGAGCCAUUGAUGCUACUGUAAAUAGAGUUAAAGCUAGCCAAUAUGAAAUAAAAGGAUAUCCUACUAUCAAAUAUUUUGCACCUGGGAAGAAAUCUUUCGAUUCUGUGCAAGAAUAUGAUGGUGGUCGCACAAGUAGUGAUAUAGUAAAUUGGUCACUAGAAAAAGUAGCAGAAAAUGUUCCAGCACCAGAAGUAGUUCAAAUUAUAAAUGAAAAGACUUUAAGAGAAGUCUGUGAGGACAAACCAUUAUGUGUUGUAUCCGUUUUACCGCAUAUUUUAGAUUGUCAAUCAGAUUGUAGAAAUGGAUAUUUAAAAGUUUUAAAUGACCUCGGAGAAAAAUAUAAACAAAAAAUGUGGGGCUGGCUGUGGGCUGAAGCUGGUGCUCAACCUCAUAUUGAAGAGGCAUUAGAAAUUGGAGGAUUCGGAUAUCCAGCACUAGCAGCUGUAAAUAUAAAGAAAAUGAAAUACUCUUUAUUAAAGGGUAGUUUUUCGUAUGAUGGUAUAAAUGAAUUUUUACGAGACUUAAGUUACGGUCGAGGAGGUACAGCUCCUUUAAAAGGAGCUCAGUUACCUACAAUUCUUGAAACAAAACCAUGGGAUGGCAAAGAUGCUGAACUUCCACAAGAAGAAGAUAUCGAUCUUAGUGAUAUAGAUCUCGAUGAGAAAGACGAACUGUAAUUAUAGAACUUAGUGUUUCUCAGGAACAUAUGCACCUUCAUAUUCAUGUAUUAGUAAAACAAUUCGAUACUUAUUUUUAUAUAACAUUAUUCUCAGUUGACAUAACUACAUAUUAAUGUACAUUGAUAAUAUGACAUCAUUAUCAAAGUAUCAUGAAUAUCUUUUUCUUUCAACUGAAGUAAAUUUCGCAGGUAGUUUAAUAUGUUAAAUUAUAAGUGCAUAGUCAACAACUCUUCCAUUGAGAACUUUCACAAAAUUUAAUCUAUGCACUUUAACAAAAUCAUGCUUAAUUUAUGUGUACAUUUUUAAACUGAUAGUCAGAUAAACAUCAUAGUAAAGAUAAAAUAUGUACUCAAUAUGUAAACAAAAACUUUUUUAUGGAAAUGUUGUGAACUUAAAAUAGUUGCUGAUGAUACAUAAUGUUAAUAUGCAUUCCAUAAGACGUUUUUGGUUUUCCCUAAUAUGGGACCAAAAUAAAUGCAGUUAAAUGAAUUUAUAUUUACAGAAUGUAUUACGAUCCUUAUGUUGAUUGAGAUCUCAUUGUUUGGCUGGGUUAUGUCAGGUCUUCCAUCAUGAUUACAGAAACAUAAUAUGAAAUAUGUUUAUAUGUAUAUGUGAAUGUAAAUCUUUGUCUCAUUUAUACUUAACUAAUUGUAAUCCUUUUUUAGCUUACGUUUUUAUUAAAUAAAUUAUGCUAAAAAAUGUA